AAAGCCGCCUGCUUUCCAUGAUCGAUCACACUGACCGCGCGAGCACCGCCCUGCCACCACACCGCCUUGGCUUGUCUAUGGCGCCUGCACCAAGUGUCAUCGUUCCGUGAGCAAAUCUCGAUCCCCAAAAGCCCCAAGCAUCGGCGUACACGCCAUCUCCGCAGCCCAGACUGCUGUUCUUUGACCUUCCUUCAUCGUCACCAUCGCAGCCAUGCCUCGCACCUGGGCCGACAUUGCAGCCUCGAGCUCCUCAGCGCCCGCACCAGCUUCCAACAAGGGCAAGGGCAAGGCUUCGCAAUCGGCAAAAGACUUGCUACUGGGAAAGAGCAAGCAGGAGUCUAAAGUCCUCAACCCUUUGCGCAAAGUGGAAGAUGACGAGGACGAGGCGAUGAGCGAUGUGGAUGGCGACGAUGAUGCGGCGGACGUGGGACAAGACGCAGGGAUGGACAUGGACGAUGACGACGAUUUGCUCAUCGGCUCAUCGAGUGGAUCAAAACCAAAAGGCACUUCCCACACGCUUGAUCAAACGCAUGCAUCCGCUCUCGAUCCUUCCUUGAAGCCCAGCUUUGCGCCACUCACGAGAGCGCAGCAAUCCUCCUCGCAAACAUCUCAGAUACAGAGCAGGAGAGUACCCAUUCCACCUCACCGGAUGGCGCCGUUGAAGAAGGAAUGGCUCAAGAUCUACACACCACUCGUAGAGAUGGCUGGCCUGCAAGUCAGAAUGAACAUGAAGCGCAAGAGCGUAGACAUUCGAUCCUCCAAGCACACGGAUGAUGCAGGUCAGGUUCAAAAAGGGGCAGACUUUGUGAAAGCAUUUGCUCUAGGAUUCGAAGCGGAUGACGCUAUGGCUCUGUUGCGUAUGGACGACCUUUACGUCGAGACAUUCGAGAUCAAGGAUGUCAAGACGCUUCAGGGUGACCACUUGAGCCGAGCUAUCGGCCGCAUUGCUGGCAAGGAUGGACGAACGCGUUUCGCUAUCGAAAACGCAAGCCGUACGCGUGUUGUGCUAGCAGACAACAAGAUUCACAUCCUGGGCAGCUUCCAAAACAUCAGAAUUGCUAGAGAUGCAAUCGUCAGCCUCAUCAUGGGUGCCCCACCUGGCAAAGUCUACAACAAGCUCAAGGUCAUUGGUGCCAGGCAAAAGCAAAGAGCCUGAAAGGACCCCCUCCUUAAUCCAGGAUGCUCUCUGCUUUCAUGUGUCAUUGUUCAUUCGCGCUCACCAGAUUGCAAUCGAGUCACACAACUCCUCCGCGUCGAAAAUUGCGAAGAUUGAGAAGGAUUUGCCAGGUAUGCUAGACUCAGAGUCUGCACAGUCCUGGCAGACACGCAAUCGCCCGCUAAUGACACCUGCGAUGAGUUGCGGGGCUGAAGAUUUCGUUCUGCCGCUUUGCUGACCAGUAGGUACAUUCGAAGCGCGGAAG